UUAUUUUUUUUCUUUUUAUUCCUAUUUCAUUUCCCUCUUUACUCUUACAUCACACUCACACACACCCACAUGUUUCCUUAUAAAUACAUAGCAAAUGAGUGAGGGACAUGUUAAUUCUAAUAACUAGUAGAGUGAGUAUUGAGUUGAAUUGAAUUGAAUUGAAGUUUGGUAAAGUGAUGAUUUUAGAGAUGGGUUUCAUGUGGGUGGUCCUUAUGGCCAUUGGUGUCACCCUUUUGGUUUUAAGAUCCAUUCUCAAAAAUGUAAAUUGGUUGCUCUAUGAAUCUAAAUUGGGUUUGAAGCAGUACUCUCUUCCACCAGGUGAUAUGGGCUGGCCCUUCAUUGGUAACAUGUGGUCCUUCCUUAGAGCUUUCAAGUCUAGAGACCCUGAUUCCUUCAUCUCCUCCUUUGUCUCCAGAUAUGGACAUGGUGGAAUAUACAAAGGCUUGAUGUUUGGAAACCCAAGUGUAAUAGUGACAACACCUGAAGCAAGUAGAAAAGUUCUAAUAGAUGAUGAAAGAUUCACACCUGGUUGGCCUCAAUCAACAAUAGAGCUCAUUGGAAAGAAAUCAUUCAUUGCAAUGCCAUACGACGAACAUAAACGCCUUAGGCGUUUAACAUCGUCGUCGAUCAAUGGCAUGGAAGCAUUGUCUUUGUAUUUGAAAUAUAUUGAAGAAAAUGUAAUAAGUUCAUUGGAGAAAUGGUCCAACAUGGGACAAAUUGAAUUUUUAACUGAGAUUAGGAAGCUUACAUUUAAGAUCAUUAUGCAUAUUUUUCUUAGCUCAGAAAGUGAACCUGUUAUGGAGGCUUUGGAAAAAGAAUAUACAACACUUAAUUAUGGAGUUAGAGCUAUGCAAAUAAAUAUUCCUGGUUUUGCUUACUAUAAGGCACUCAAGGCUAGGAAAAAACUUGUUGCAAUAUUUCAAUCUAUUGUGGAUGAAAGAAGAAGCAUAAGGAAGGGAUAUUCACCUAAGAAAGCCAAUGAUAUGAUGGAUUCAUUGAUAGAUGUUGAAGAUGAUAAUGGAAGAAAAUUGAGUGAUGAAUAUAUAAUUGAUAUAAUGUUAAUGUAUUUGAAUGCUGGUCAUGAAUCUUCAGGACAUAUUACUAUGUGGGCUACCUAUUUCCUACAAAAGCAUCCAGAAUAUCUUCAAAAGGCCAAGGAAGAACAAGAAGAAAUAAUAAAGAAGAGGCCUCCGACACAAAAAGGGUUGACACUUAAAGAAAUUCGCGCCAUGGAUUUUCUUUAUAAGGUGAUUGAUGAAACAAUGCGCGUUAUAACAUUCUCAUUGGUGGUUUUUCGAGAGGCGAAAUCCGAUGUCAGUAUGAAUGGUUACACCAUUCCAAAAGGAUGGAAAGUGCUUGUUUGGUUCAGGUCAAUUCACCUUGAUCCUGAAAUAUAUCCUAAUCCAAAGGAAUUUAAUCCUAAUAGAUGGAAUAAGGAGCAUAAGGCAGGGGAAUUCCUUCCAUUUGGAGCAGGGACUAGAUUGUGUCCUGGCAAUGAUCUUGCCAAAAUGGAAAUAGCAGUUUUUCUUCAUCAUUUCAUUCUAAAUUACCAGCUUGAACAACUGAAUCCUAAAUGCCCAGUUAGAUACUUACCACAUACAAGGCCCAUGGACAAUUGCUUAGGAAGGGUCAAAAAAUGUUUAUCUACAUAAACCUCAAAUGGAAAGAGAAAGCACGUGAAUAUGUUUCUUUGUAAUUUUAAAGUUAUCUUCAAUGUUUGCUUUUAGAUAAAUCUAAAAAUCCCAACCUACUUUAAGCUAAAUUAUCAUAGUUGGAAAAGAAGAAAAAAAAAAAAAAAAAGCUUAGAAAAUUUCACAGCCUAUACGAAUAAGAAAUAAAUAUAAUUGCCAAAGCCCGUUCCUAAGUAGUAGCUUUUUCUUUUCACAAAUGUUUUAUGGACACGCAUUUUUU